AUGGAUGAUGUACAAAAGAAGGAGGCAAUAGAUGCUUUGGAGCAACAACUGUACAACCAGCCGCUUGUCAAGGAGCUUUCCGAACGUGCAAUCGAGGCCAAAUCCGCACUUCGUGUGCGCUCCGAAUCGGGAGUUCAGCUGGGUGGAGAGGGCCCCAAGAGUCUGGAGGAUGCAGAGUUCCUUGCACUCCGUCCGUUUGUUAACCGAUCGCCUGAGCAGCUGCAGCACCAAUUCACGGCCGGCAGUCUGCGUGGCUUGGACAUGUUUGCCAUUCCGCCGCUCGUGUUUUCCAAGACGAAGCAUGGCGCCGAGAAGCUGGGUGGCAGUGAGGGCGACGGAACUGUUAUUGUGCAUGUUGGCAGGGAUUUAUGUGGGUACGAAGGAGUGGUCCAUGGUGGGCUCACUGCGACCAUGUUUGACGAGGCACUUGCGCGCACUGCAUUCUACGCCUUACCGCAUCAUAUGGGCGUCACGGCCAAGCUGCAAGUGGUCUACUUCCGCCCUGUUCCUGCUGACCAGUUCCUUACCAUUGAAACUGAGGUGCUGGAGGGCAUGGGCCGCAAAGCGUUUGUAAAGGGGUAUCUUCGCGCCGCCAAUUCUGAGGCGGUGCUUGCCGAGGCAGAGGCACUGUUUGUCGAGCCAAAGUGGGUGAAGUACGCUUCGUGGGUCGGCGGCUUGAAUGUGCAGAAGCUGCUUGAAGAAUGA